AUGCGGCUCCUGCUGCUGCUGCUGCUCCUGCCCGCGGUGCGGCGGGUGCCCAGGUGGGUGCUGGAGGGCCACACCUGUGCCCCGCCCUGGCAGGCCGCGCUGUUCCAGGGCCGGCGCUUCGUCUGCGGCGGGACCCUGGUGGCGCCCAGGUGGGUCCUGACGGCCGCGCACUGCCACGCCCCCGGGUACGGACAGGUAACGGGGACUCACCUGGGCACGGCAACCUGGCGGCGCUCGGUGCGCGUCUUCCGCUUCCCGGGCUACAACGAGAGCUCCAAGGACGGCGACCUGAUGCUGCUGCGGCUGCAGGUGCCCGCGCACCUGAGCCGCCAGGUGAGCCCCCUGCCGCUGGCGCGCACCUGCGCCGCGCCCGGCACCACCUGCCAGAUCUCCGGCUGGGGCUCCACCACCAGCCCCGAAGUGACGUUCCCGCAGGAGCUGCACUGCAGCCAGGUGACGAUCGUACCUGAGCUCACCUGCCGCCGCAUCUACCCCGACUCCAUCACCCCCAACAUGGUCUGUGCCGGGGAGCCGCGGAGCCGCGCCGACACCUGCCAGGGCGACUCCGGGGGGCCCCUGAUGUGCAACGGGCGCCUGCAGGGCAUCACCUCGUGGGGGCCGGGGGUCUGCGGGGACCCCCAAAAGCCGGGGGUCUACGUCAACCUCUGCCGCUACGGCCGCUGGCUGCAGGACACCAUGGCCCGGAACUGAGCGGAGCUGGCCGAGCUCGCCCCAAAACCGGCCGGAUUCGCCCCAAAAACGGCCAGAUUCGCCCCAAAAACGGCCGAGCUCGCCCCAAAA